AGCAAACAAAAGAAUCCUCAAUAACCCAUUUCCAGCUCAUCAUCCAUAGUUUUAUUGCCUGAUCUCCGCCAUGGAAACACCAAACCAACAACAACCAUCAUGGCCUGAAAUCCUCGGUUGCAACAACUGGGAUAACCUCCUCGACCCUCUUCACCUCACACUUCGACAACUCAUUCUCCGCUGCGGCGACUUCUGCCAGGCCACCUACGAUUCCUUCAACAACGAUCAGAACUCCAAGUACUGCGGUACCAGCCGCUACGGCAAGAAAAACUUCUUAAAAAAGGUGAUGCUUGAAGAUGCUGAAAAUUAUCAAGUCUCCUCUUUCCUCUACGGUACUGCACGUGUCAGCCUCCCUGAAGCUUUCUUUCUCAAGUCAAAGUCCCGGGAGAGCUGGGACCGCGAAUCUAACUGGAUCGGCUACAUCGCUGUUACCUCUGACGAAUACACCAAAGUGCUUGGCCGGCGUGAAAUCUACAUUGCGUUUCGUGGAACCAGCAGGUUUUAUGAGUGGGUUAACAUUUUUGGUACAAAGCUUCAAUCCGCUAAACCAUUGCUACGGGAAAGUAGCCACAUAUUUGGAGAGAAUAAUAGUAGCAGCGAUGAUGAAGAUGAUAAAGAGGAAAUCCCUAAGGUGAUGCUAGGCUGGCUUACGAUUUAUAUUUCUGAUAGCCCAAAAUCGCCAUUCACGAAAUUAAGUGCAAGGAAGCAGCUUUUGACCAAGGUUAAUGAGUUGAGAGAGCAAUAUCGAGAUGAUAAUCUAAGCAUAAUCUUAACAGGGCAUAGCCUUGGAGCUAGUUUAUCAAUUUUAGCUGCUUUUGAUCUUGUGGAAAAUGGUAUCACUGAUAUCCCAGUAGCUGCUUUUGUCUUUGGCAGCCCACAAGUUGGAAACAAAGCCUUCAACGCAAGAGUGAACAAUUAUCCAAAUCUCAAGGUUUUGCAUAUAAAGAACAAGAUUGAUCUUGUUACACACUAUCCAGGACGACUUCUAGGUUAUGUUUAUACAGGAACGGAGCUUGAAAUUGAUACCAGGAAAUCUCCUUACCUGAAGGACUCAAGGAAUCCUAGUGACUGGCAUAAUUUGCAGGCGAUGUUGCAUAUAGUGGCAGGGUGGAACGGUGAGAAUGGAGAGUUCAAGCUGAAAGUAAAGAGAAGUUUGGCUUUGGUAAACAAGUCAUGUGAGUUCUUGAAAGACGAGUCUCUAGUGCCAGGAUCAUGGUGGGUAGAGAAGAACAAAGGGAUGAUCAGAGGAGAAGAUGGAGAAUGGACAGCAAGUUCUCCGGACGUGGAGGACCAGCCGGUCCCUGAAUUUUGACUGCUAUAGACUUCUUGCCAAGAAAAAAAAAAAGGAGAUUAAGGACUUGGUGUCCUCUUGUGUUGAUUUCCUUUAAUUU